UUCAAAAUUCGUGCGUUGAAAUGUUAUCUCUUAGCAAAACUCCCCGUGCAAUCAGAGAAGUAUAAACAACUCUCUGAGCAAAACUUUUCAAAACUUAAAUUUCAGUACAGUGUUGGUCAACUUUCUGUUCAUAGGCCACGAAUUUUAUAAACAGCAUUUCUUAAGUUUUCAGGUUUGUAGUAAUAGUCACAGAGUAUUAGCUGGUAUUGGUCAUUGUACUCAUUUGUGUCGUGUUUCUCCGAUCGACCGCCACUUUUGGAUCUGUUCAUUGAGCAACAUUACAUCAGUUCAUUUAAAAAUUAUCAUAGGUUGAAAUGUCACCUCAGCAACUGGUUUUAAGUUGGAAAGAUCACAAUGGUGCAUUGGUGUCUGUUGUUGGAAUCUUUGAAAAGGAAUUUAGGGUAGACUGUAUUCUGGCCGCAGAUGGUCAAUAUGUAAAGCCAUAAAGUUGUGCUUUCUGCUUGCAGUUCAUAUUUCGAGUUGUUAUUUAGUCAAGAGAGUGAGAAGAAUCCAAUAGUUAUUCUCAAAGAUGUGAAAUUUCAAGAACUGGAAGCUGCUGUUAAUUUAUGUACCGAGGUUGAAGUUGAAGUUGUGAAGAUAGAUUGCAGCUUUUCUGGAAGUUGCAGAUUCUUUGCAAUAAAGGGUUAGGCAGCGAUGGAAAAUCUUCAUGAUGCCAGAGGAAAGUCUCCAACACCAAAGAGCUUGAAGGCUGCAGUUCCUCCAAAAGCACAUUCCAGGAGAAAGGAAGUCACCUUCAUGGAAAGUGAGAAUACUGUAGAGAGUUGCAUCACCCUCGACAGCGAUAAGAAUAGCAACGAAUGUUCUUCUCACCAUCAUCUACCUCAUAGAGACACAUCAGGUUCUUCCCCCAAUUCUUCUGCACUUGCCAAAGCAUCUUCCUUCAGCAUACCAUCGGCUUCUACUUCGUGCCCAGUUAGAGUAGAAACUGACCAUGAUAGAGACAAACUGGAGAAUAAUCAGUGCUUGUCCCCUUUUGUGUCUACUUUCCCUUCAGGAGAUACUGUGCCAUCAGAUGUGAACACUGUAAUUAAAACUGAACCUGUCUCUGAUAGUUAUGUGGAUGUAAACUCGGAUGAGUCUGAGAGAGACUUUGAUGAUGUGACAAUGAUGGAAGAUCAGAAAGACUGGGAUGAUCCUAAUAUUGAAUCUGUGGGUGAUGACCAUUCUUCAAAUCAACAUGAUCCUGGUGAGUUCAUUUAGUUAGGGUCCUCUUUAUCCAGACAUGUCCUCCUUUUUAUACUUUUGUCCAGGCACUUUUUUUAAAUAUUGAAAUGACCCUUCUUUUAUCACUUGCUUGCCUGAGAGCAUGACAGUUUGAAAUUAUUUGUUUUGACUCCUAUUUAUACUAAUAUACCUGUAUAUGGUAGCACUAACAUCAACUUUUUUUUUACUGUACAAAUCAAGAGAUUUACUCAUUCUUAUUCUUAGAAAUUUUGUGAACUGUUAGUGAUUCAACAACUCAAGGUAUUUCUCCUUAUCAUAAGAUUCAAUCUCUCGAUAUCACCCAAUCAGUAUUACUAUGGAAUGCCAACCCACGUUUACAUAAAAAUUAAAUAAUUAAUGACAAGUUUAUGAAAAAUCAUCUUUUUAAUUAAUAGCUUUAUAAUAUGUUAAUUAUCAAAAGUCCACUAAACUCUAUCAAAGAAACUGAAAUUCAGUGAUUUUAUGUAGCAUAUUUUGUGUUAAUGCAUCAUAUUUCCAUUAUAUUUUAGCUUCAUAUUUAUUCCUCUAUUAUAUAUUUUAUUAUUCCUUCAUCCAUUAUAUUAAAAUUUCAAAUGUUAUUGCUUUUUUGUUCUUAAUGUGGCAUAUUUCUCAUGGAAUUUCAUUUAAUAUGCAUAUUUGCCUCCUUGAACUGAAAAGUGUAUUUUACAAAUGUAAAUGCUAUUCAUAAAAAAUCAUGGGAAUGCCUUUUGUUUGUUGUAGCUGUGUUUGUCUGAACUUCUUUUAGAUGAUAUCAUGAUGCUUGUAUCCGGAAAAAAUUUAUCCGAUCAUGAAUGAUGUGAUAAUUUAUCUUUGAUAAAGAAUUUGUGGCAUAACUUGAUGAUGACGUGAACAAAAUCAUUACAUUUAACUUCAAAAAUUGUCACUAGUAGAGAGAGAGUGGAGAGGAAAAAGCUAAUUUAAUUGUUAAAAGUAAAAGCUUUAUAAUUGCGCAUGAAUAUGUAAAACUUCAUUGUUAGUGCAUAUUUCAUUACUUCUGGCAAAUGUUAGAGCAUAUUUGCAUGCAUUGCUAUUGAUGCAGCAUUCACUUUCUAGCCUUAUAAUGCUAACAAGAUUGCGAAUAAUAUUUUGCUAAUAUUUUUAUGUGUCUAAUUCUAGGUGAAUAAGCGCACAUUAAUUCAAAAGUAAAACUAUUCUGGAAAAAAAAAAAAAAAAAAAAAAAUUAAUUGCAUAGUUUC